AUGGCUGCUCGUGGCAACCUUGUCUGUUGGACGGUCUGCAGAUUCAAUGAGCCACCUUUCGAGAUCGCAAAUCAGCCUUCGAGCUUCCGCCUCAAACAAUGCGUUGAGCUCUUAAUUCUCCGAAUGUCUCAGCGCUUCACGAACGGCCUCAGGAGUCCGACACCACAGUCUCCCACUUUCAACAUCCACAGGCCAGCAGAGAGCCCAGCUUACAAGCAGAAGACGGGCACAGACGGUCUCACCGGGACACGCGAGAGAAUCCGAUGCUUUUUGGUCCCUUUGCGACCCUUCUUGCUCUUCUUCUUCUGGCCGUUCGAAGAGCCAGCUUUGCCCUUGCCUUACCCGGAAGGAUCGGAGGAGGAACCGGCAACAACCUCGUCGUCUGGACACUUGCAGUAA